AUGCCUGAUCAAAUCACGGUAUCGGAGUUUGUGGUGGAGACCAACGAGGACUACAAGUCACCCACCGCCUCCAACUUCACAACCAGGAUGCCACACUGCAGGAACACUGUGGCGGCAUUGGAAGAGGCUUUAGAUGUGGACCGUAGUGUUCUGUACAAGAUGAAAAAGUCAGUGAAGGCCAUCUACACGUCUGGUUUGGCUCACGUUGAGAAUGAAGAGCAGUACACGCAGGCCUUGGAGAAAUUUGGAGAAAACUGUGUGUACAGAGACGAUCCUGAUUUAGGUUCGGCGUUCCUGAAGUUCUCUGUCUUCACCAAGGAGCUCACUGCGCUCUUCAAAAACCUGUUCCAGAACAUGAACAACAUUAUCACAUUUCCUCUGGACAGUUUGCUGAAAGGAGACCUGAAAGGAGUCAAAGGGGAUCUGAAAAAACCUUUUGAUAAAGCCUGGAAGGACUAUGAAACGAAAGUCUGCAAAGGACAUUCCUUACUGAAAGGCACCAAGAUAGAGAAGGAGAAGAAAGAGCACGCAAGGCAGCACGGUAUGAUCAGGACAGAGAUCAGCGGGGCGGAAAUUGCGGAGGAGAUGGAGAAGGAAAGGAGAUUUUUUCAGCUGCAGAUGUGUGAGUAUCUGCUGAAAGUCAACGAGAUCAAAAUCAAAAAGGGAGUAGACCUGCUGCAAAACCUCAUCAAGUAUUUCCACGCACAGUGCAAUUUCUUUCAGGACGGUCUCAAAGCGGUGGACAACCUGAAGCCUUCCAUUGAAAAACUUGCCACGGAUUUACACACGAUAAAGCAAGUGCAGGACGAGGAGCGCAAGCAGCUGACUCAGUUAAGGGAUGUUCUCAAGACGGCGCUACAGGUGGAGCAGAAGGAGGAAUCCCAGGUGCGGCCGAGCACCACCUACAGCUUGCAUCAGCCGCAAGGCAACAAAGAGCACGGCACAGAACGCAGCGGCUACCUUUACAAAAAAAGUGAUGGGUUGAGAAAAGUGUGGCAGAAAAGGAAAUGCACGGCAAAGAACGGAUACCUCACCAUCCCACAUAGCACUACGAACAGACCGCCAGCCAAACUCAAUCUGCUCACCUGUCAGGUGAAGCACAAUCCUGAUGAGAAGAAGAGCUUUGACCUCAUAUCCCAUGACCGAACGUAUCACUUUCAGGCUGAAGACGACCAGGAUUGCCAAAUCUGGAUCUCGGUGCUUCAGAACAGCAAGGAGGAGGCGCUGAACCAGGCCUUCAAAGGCGAACAGCAUGUUGGCGAGAACAACAUCGUGCAGGAGUUGACAAAGGCAAUCCUGGCAGAGGUGAAAAGAAUGACGGGGAACGACGUGUGCUGCGACUGCGGCGCGCCCAACCCGACGUGGCUGUCCACCAACUUGGGCAUUCUCACAUGUAUCGAAUGUUCCGGCAUCCACAGGGAACUCGGAGUCCACUACUCCAGGAUCCAGUCGCUCACUCUGGAUGUUCUCAGCACCUCUGAGCUCUUGCUGGCCAAGAAUGUAGGGAAUGCAGGCUUCAAUGAAAUCAUGGAGGCCGGUUUAAGUGCUGAAAAUGCAGUGAAACCCAACCCCGCCAGUGAUAUGCAGGCGAGGAAAGACUUCAUCAUCGCCAAGUACACGGAGAAGCGCUUCGCUAGGAAGAAAUGUCCCGACACUGCUUCGCGGCUCCACACGCUGUGCGACGCCGUCAAAGCUCGCGACAUCGCCUCUCUCAUUCAGCUCUACGCCGAAGGAGUGGACCUGAUGGAACCCAUACCGCUAGCCAACGGACAUGAGCAAGGAGAGACUGCUCUCCACCUGGCCGUCAGGCUAGUGGACAGAACCUCUCUUCACAUUGUUGACUUCCUCACGCAGAACAGUUUGAAUUUGGAUAAACAGACAACCAAAGGCAGUACGGCGCUGCAUUAUUGCUGUCUGACUGACAACAGCGAGUGUCUGAAGCUGCUGCUGAGGGGAAAAGCCUCAAUUGACAUUGCUAACGAGGCCGGGGAGACACCGCUGGACAUUGCUCGCAGGCUGAAACACCUUCAGUGUGAGGAACUGUUGAACCAAGCACUCGCCGGGAAAUUCAACGCGCAUGUUCACGUGGAGUACGAAUGGCGCCUGCAGCACGAAGACUUGGAUGAGAGUGACGAGGAUCUCGAUGAGAAGCCCAGCCCCCACCGAAGGGAUGAGCGUCCCGUCAGUUGUUACACACCAAGCACCAACUCCCACUUGCAUGGUCGCGACGCCUCUGGCCUCGCCAAGGACAAGCAGCGCUCGUAUCUGCCGAAUUUAGUCAACAACGAGACAUACGGGACCAUCGUCAACAACAACCCUCCUCAGCCUGGUUUACCUGCCACCACGUCUGCGCCACCACUACCACCUAGGAACCUGGUCCAGUUAGCAGGCCUCGGCGGGACGAGUCAGUCCUCGCCUUCCGGCAGCUGGAAGCCCUCUUCCUUAGACCUGGUCGGUCGGCAACGAUCGUCUUCGGACCCUCCCAACAUGCACCCGCCCGCUCCUCCUAUUAGGCUCACCUCUACAACUGGUUUGGCUCCUUCCGCAGGAAAGAUUGACACACUGAGCGUACACUCCAAGUCGGGUCAAGGACCCGCUGGAUCGAGAAACAGUCAACAAAAGUGUCCGGCAGGCAAUGAUAAAGGCUUCACCAGAGUGCCGCUGAAUCGGACGGCGUCUAUCGAACGACGAGCUAAGGAAGUGCCAGGAUGCCCGCAGAACUCCGUAGGUCACUCUCUACAUUCAGCCCACCACUCCAGGAAGGCCUACACUAAGCACAGGCCGAAGCGAGUGAAGGCCAUUUACAACUGUAAGGCAGACAAUCCGGACGAGCUGACCUUCUCAGAGGGCGAGAUCAUUGUGGUAGAUGGAGAGGAGGACCAGGAGUGGUGGCUGGGCCACAUUGAGGGCGACCCCAUGAGACGAGGAGCCUUCCCGGUCACCUUUGUACACUUCAUGGCGGACUGA